AUGUAUCUACAAAUUUUCACCAUUUUAGUCUCGUUUGGCUUGUGCUUUGCAUCUUACCUAGAAGAAACACAUUUUCAAACAAAUCAUAAACUUUACAAUGGGAGGUUUAUGAAUCCAAAAUAUGAACAAUUUCGUGUCAUUGCAAGAACUCAUCAUCCAUCUCUCGCACCUUCGCGGUCUCAAAAAAUGGUUAAUGUCAACGACUAUGGAGCUAUAGCUAACGACGGACAAAUUGAUAACAAGGCAUUUGAAAAGGCAUGGAAUGAGGCAUGUUCUAAUGGGAGAGUUCUUGUGGUACCUGGAAAUAGUGUCUAUCAUCUAAAGCCAAUAAUAUUUUCAGGACCAUGUCAACACAAUACUGCGAUAAAGAUUUAUGGAACAAUCAAAGCAUGGCCUAAAAUAUCAGCAUAUGAAGAAGAUAGGACGCUAUGGAUUAAGUUUGAGAAUGUGACAAAUCUCAUAGUUAAUGGUGGUGGAAGCAUUAAUGGAAAUGGAAAAAUAUGGUGGAACAAAUCUUGCAAAGUCAACGAAAGUCUUCCAUGCAAAGGGGCACCAACUGCUGUGACAUUCAGUGAAUGCAAUAACUUGAAAUUGAAUAACCUAAAGUUCAAAAAUGCACAACAAAUGCAUAUAAGAGUUCAAAAUUGCAAUAAUGUUUGGGCUUCAAAUCUCAUAAUCAGAGCACCAGGAGAUAGCCCCAACACUGAUGGAUUUCAUGUUACUCACUCACAAAAUGUUUUCAUAACCAAUAGCAUCAUUGGAACUGGUGAUGAUUGUAUUUCCAUAGUAAGUGGGUCCAAAAAUAUUAGAGCUACAGAUAUCAUAUGUGGACCAGGACAUGGAAUAAGCAUUGGAAGCUUAGGACAAGAUAAUUCAGAAGCUCAAGUGUCCAAUGUGGAAGUGAACAGAGCCACACUAAAAGGAAGCACUAAUGGAGUUAGAAUUAAGACUUGGCAGGGAGGCUCUGGCUAUGCAAAAAACAUCAAAUUUCUCAACAUAGUUAUGCAAAAUGUGACAAAUCCCAUAAUCAUAGAUCAAAAUUAUUGUGACCAAAAAACAGAAUGUCAAGAGCAGGAUUCUGCAGUGCAAUUGAGCAAUGUGGUGUAUCAAAACAUAAGAGGAACAAGUGCCUCAGAAGUGGCAAUCAAACUUGAAUGCAGCAAAGCUGUUCCAUGCAAAGGAAUUCAUUUGCAAGAUGUGAUUUUAACACCAGAAGGCAAUGAUGGCACCAUUGCAGAAUGUGAAAAUGUUAGAUAUACAAAUAGUGGAAAGUUUUUUCCUAAAUGUCAACCUUGA